AUCGGACCAGCAGCACUCCUCAGGUCACGUGGAGGGAGUGAGUGCUGUGCUGGUUGGCUGCUCUGCUCUUCUCUUCUCUGCUAGUUUGGUUUGCUCUGCUGCCGUCGGAAACCCACGCGGCCACGCCUGGCAGGCAUCCCCUCCUCCUCCCCGGCCGGCGAUGACGUCUUCGUCUUCCACGCUGGCCAAGGGCAAGUCCGCAUCCGGAUCUGCCAAAUUCGAGGCCAAAGGGAAAUUCUCCUCCUCUUCCCCAGCGGCGGCAGCAGCAGCUACCAAGCGUGGAACCACCACCAGCAGCAGAGGCAGAGGGAAGGGCAGAGGGAAGGCCGACAAGAAGGUCUACUCCUUGCCCGGCCAGAAGUUCGAUCCUCCGGAGGAGAGGGAGCCUCUCAGGAUUUUCUACGAGUCAUUGUCCAAGCAGAUCCCCUCCAGUGAGAUGGCUGAAUUCUGGUUGAUGGAGCAUGGUUUGUUGUCUCCAGAGAGAGCAAAGAAAGCAUACGAAAGGAAGCAAAAGCGACAGCAGCAAGUAAGAAUGGGUACCCCAAUCAAGUCUUCUGCAGUGAGGAAAGAUAAACCUGAAAGUUCGAAGAAACCAAGCACUAUGGAUUCCAAGGCAAAGAGAAGAGUUGAUUACAGCGACGAUGACAAUGACUUCAUUGUGAAAAUGAAGAGAUCCAAGGGAUGACAUUUCAGUAUUUCCUUCACAGUGAAGUGGGUACACAUUUACUUGUAACUUUUUGUAUCAAGUAUAGAUACUGUGCCAAAAAGACAAUUCUUUAGGAAGGUAAAAUAAAUGUAUGUCCCCGGAUCGGAGCUCAA